UAGCCCAAAGAAAAAAUGGACAAAUAAUCUGUUUAGACAUUUCUCCAAAGAAAGCCUACAAGUGGACAAAGAGCACAUGAAAUAGAAUCAAUACCAUUCGCCAUCAAAGAUGUGUAAGUAAAAUCAUUAGGAAAUACAACUUCACACUCACCUAGUUGACUAUAAUGAAGACAAAUAAUGAAAAGUGUUGUCAAGAAAGUGAAAAAUCUAAGUUAAUGGUGGUGAAUUAAUUUGGGUAGAGAUAGCAAGAGUGAUGACACAAUGUAAAAAUGUAACCAAGAUCAUCGAACUGUACAUGUAUAAGCUGUGAAUGUGUGUAUGUUUUGCUGUGUCUAUAUUUUCUCUGGAAGCCCUGGUGGUGAAGUGGAAAAAAAAAAAUCUUAAAAAGAGUUAGAAAAAAAAAAAGAAUGUGGAGAAAAUGGAACCUUCAUGAAUGAACACAUGUGGAGAGAGAGGAUGUAAGAGUGAGGGAUGAUGGGUAAGGGUCACAGGAUUUCUUUCUAGAGUGAUUAAAAUAAAAUAUUCUAACAUUAAUCAUGGUGAUGGUUGUACAACUCUGUGCAUGCACUGACAACCAUAGAAUGGUACACAUUAAAUUGAAGAAAUGUUUGUUUUGUGAAUUAUGUGUCAAUAAAGAUUUUACCAGACACAAAAAGCCUUGAAUCAUGAUAUCCAAAAAAAGUUGAUGCAAAUGUGUACGUACUUUGUCUUUAGUUCUUGUGUCAAAGAGAUUGCAAUCACAAGUGGCCUCACACUCUCCAGUGUUCUUAACACUAUUCUAAAAUCUAUUAUAUAACACGGGUGACUCUGAAAUAUCAGGUCAUCGAUUCUUAUCUGUGUAACAACACUGAUGGUAAAAGGGACAUUAAGUACACUCAGGCAACCACAAGGUCAUCUACCCUUAGCUUUUUCUACUUGGCAUCCACAUGCUCUGACUAUUCACAUAAUGUGUUUACUUUGUUGAGUACAAGUUAUAUUUUAACUUCUUGAGAGAUUUCCCCCAGGAUAUAAGUAUGAGCAGUGCAUUAAGGGAACAGAUUUUUGAAAGAAAGAUAUCCUUUAACCAAGAUGUCUACGAAAUGGAUUUCAGUUCUUCUGCUGAUACAACUGAGUUGUUGCUUUAGCUGUGGAACUUGUGGAAACGUGCUGGUGUGGCCACCAGAUUAUAGCCUUUGGAUAAAUAUGAAGGCAAUACUGGAUGAACUUAUUCAAAGGGGUCAUGAGGUGACUGUUCUAACAUCUUCAGCUUCCGUUCUUAUUGAUCCCAACAAACCAUCUGCUAUUAAAUUUGAGGUUUAUCCUGCAUCUUUUACUAAAGAUGAGUUUGAGUUUCUUCUCAUGAAGUUGGUCAGGAAAUGGACAUACGAGAUGCCGAAAGAUACAUUUUGGACAUAUUUUUCAGUAUUACAAGAAAUCCUUUGGGAAUCUUCUGGCUGCCUUGAAAGGCUUUGUAAAGAUGUAGUUUUUAACAAGAAACUGAUGAUGAAACUACAAGAAUCAAGAUUUGAUGUCGUUCUUGCAGAUGUUGUUUUCCCUUGUGGUGAGCUGUUGGCGGAGCUACUUAAAAUACCUCUUGUGUAUAGUGUCCGGUUCACUAUGGGCUAUACAGCUGAAAAGUACAGCGGAGGACUUUCGACCCCUCCUUCUUACGUACCUAUUGUAAUGUCAGAAUUACCUGAUCGAAUGACAUUCAUGGAGAGGGUAAAAAAUAUGAUAUAUGUGCUUUAUUUCGAUUUUUGGUUCCAGGCAUAUAAUGAGAAGAAGUGGAAUCAGUUUUACAGUGAAGUACUAGGUAAACCAACGACAUUACGUGAGACAAUGGGGAAAGCUGAUAUAUGGCUCGUUCGAAACUAUUGGGAUUUUGAAUUUCCGCGCCCUUUCUUGCCACAUUUUCACUUUGUUGGUGGGUUCCACUGCAAACCUGCCAAUCCCUUGCCUAAGGAAAUAGAAGAGUUUGUCCAGAGCUCUGGAAAACACGGUGUGGUGGUGUUUACUCUUGGGUCAAUGGUCAGUAACCUCACAGAAGAAAGGGCCCAUGUGAUUGCAUCGGCCCUUGCUCAGAUUCCACAAAAGGUGCUGUGGCGAUUUGAUGGCAAAAAGCCAGAUACCUUAGGACCCAAUACUCGGCUCUAUAAGUGGAUUCCCCAGAAUGACCUUCUUGGUCAUCCAAAGACCAAAGCUUUUAUAACUCACGGUGGAGCCAAUGGCAUCUAUGAGGCUAUCUACCAUGGGAUCCCUAUGGUGGGCAUUCCCUUGUUUGCAGAUCAACCUGAAAACAUUGUUCGCGUGAAGGUCAAGGGGGCAGCAGUGAGUCUGGACAUGGACACGAUGACAAGUACAGAUUUGCUCAAUGCUUUGAAGACAGUUAUCUAUGACCCAUCCUAUAAAGAGAAUGCUAUGAGGUUAUCAGCCAUUCAUCAUGAUCAGCCUGUUAAGCCCCUGGAUCAAGCCGUCUUCUGGAUCGAGUUUGUCAUGCGCCACAAAGGAGCCAAACACCUUCGCCCAGCCGCCCUCAGCCUCACCUGGUACCAGUACCACUCUUUGGAUGUGAUUGGGUUUCUCCUGGCUUGUGUGGCAAUCGUUGGUUUUCUGGUCAUAAAAUGUUGUUUGUUAGGUUAUCAAAAGUUUUAUAAGACAGGAAAGAAGAAAAAGAGAGAGUAGGCCUCUUUAAGACAAAAGAUUAAUAGGCAUGAUAAGUGAGAGCGUUAUAUUUAAUUCAACCCUUACGAUUCAAGUUGUGGAAAGAUUCUCCUCCAUAUUUUGCAAGAGCUGAGCCUUUUUUUAUUUCCGAGGAUAUGCUACUCUUGGUUUAUUGUUCUUGUGUUAGCUAAUUCUUCCCUAAGGAAGAAUGAUCUUGCGUGUUUUUAAAUAAAUGUCUCCUCAAUAUUCCUCUUGAAAUAGACAG